AUGGCGAUGAAUCCACCACCGCCAGCGCAGCAGCAGAUAUACGGCACAUAUGGACUUCCGGACGCGGGAAAUGGCGGACAGUGGGCCCAAGGCGGCGAGGCGGACUACCAAUACGACGACGGCGACGGCGACGGGGGCGAUGGAGGUAAUGGAGAACACGGAGACCACGGGGAUAAUGAAGGCGAAGGUGGAGACAGUCGCGAUGCCAAACGCAGACGGAUAGCUCGAGCAUGCGACAUGUGCCGCAAAAAGAAGAUCAAAUGCGACGGGAAACUGCCCAAAUGUAGCCACUGCGAAAACUACAAGACCGUGUGCAUCUUCACGCAUGUGGAGAAGAAACGUGCGCCGCCCAAGGGAGCAAAGUACAUUGAGGGGCUGGAGAAUCGCUUGGGUCGGAUGGAGAGUCUCUUGCGUCUUUCGGGCUUACUUGCAGAGGAUGACGGAGGUCGCACUGAUCUGGGCACAUUGGAGAAGCGUUUAGCAGAGCGAGCCAAUGCUCAAAGCUCGGCAAGCAGCCCGCACUCACAACGAUCACCUGCACCACCGAUUCAGGUACAGACAAACGUCGGCAAGGAUAGCGCCAUGCCCAGCCAGCACGUGCAGGAUCCUGAAAGAAGCCCUCCACACGCCCCUAUCAAUGCAGCUGAUAGUACUUCUCCCGAGCCAGCGAAGACGCCGGCCAGGGGUAAUGUAGCCGGCGAGGGCGCGCCGGAGGUCGAAUUACUCGCCGAUCAGAUGUGUAGUCUCAUCACCAACAACGUUGGCGAGACCCGAUACAUUGGCUCCUCCUCCGGCUUUAGCAUAUUCAGUCCCACGGGUAUCCAAUGGGUCAACUCAAAGACCGGCGACACAAGUUUCCAGAAGAUGGUUGCCAGCGCAUCGGAUGAAGACAAGCAAGGAUGGAAUCACUGGAAGCCAGAAGUCUUCGACGAUAUAUUCCACCGCAAAGUUUUCCGGCCACUACCGGGCCGCCAGGAAUGCUACGCGCUGCUGAAGGACUACUUUGAGAACUUCAACUGCAUGUUUCCGCUCUUCCAUGAACCCACCUUCAUGCACCUAGUCGAUAAACACUACUCCCUAGAGCCGUACCAAGGCUCGGGAUGGUGGGCUAGUCUGAACGUCGCAUUGGCUAUUGGACACAGACUCAGAGUUAUGAGCAAUGUCGUAGGCCAGGAAGAGGACGAAAUCGCAUGGGCGUAYUUGAAGAACGCCAUGGCUGUUAUGACUGAGCUUACCAUGCGUGCUAAUGAUCUGCUUUCCGUGCAAGCUUUGCUUGGUAUGGCUAUGUUCCUUCAGGGCACACCCAAUCCUCAGCCCAGUUUCUUCCUUGUAUCUGCUGCGAUACGGCUCGCACAUUCUAUUGGAUUGCACAAGCGAGGUUCUGGCUUCAAUCUGAAUGAAGWCGAGAAUGAGCAGCGGAAAAGAGUUUUUUGGAUCGCAUACCUGUUAGACAAGGACAUAUGUCUUCGCUCCGGUCGGCCGCCCGCACAGGACGACGACGACAUGAAUGUGGAGCUGCCAUCGGAGAAUCCGCCGGAUCACGUUGGUAGUGUACCCCUGGCAGAGGAGUUUGAAGGCAGAUCUACGAUGAAUCUUUUCCGGCUUAUGUGCCGAUUUGCACAAAUACAGUCGCGAGUGUACAAGCGGUUGUACUCGGUAAAUUCAAGCCGUCAGAGCGAUGGCGAGCUCUUGAACACGAUCGGAGAGCUUGACUCUGAACUAGAGGAGUGGAAAGACAGCAUACCCAUCGAUUUCAGGCCCGAGCAUGAAAUCAAGGCUGCCCACACUCCGUUGAUAUUACAUGUUGUAGUUUUGCAUUUCGCUUACUACAACUGUCUGACUACCAUACAUAGGAUGAGUGUCCAUCAUGGCUACUGGACUAGCCGGCUGAGUGAAUUCGCCAUUCAAGGUCUGAAUGCGAGACCGCUGAAUCCGCGAGUAUUCAUGAGUGCUGCGCUAUGUGUGAAUGCGGCGCGAACAAGUAUCGCCUUGAUUCGGUACAUUCCACAGGGUGACUACGCUUGUGUGUGGAUGAUAUUGUACUAUCCCGUUUCUGCUCUUGUAACUCUGUUCGCCAAUAUUCUGCAAAAUCCCCAGGACGCAAGGGCUCGGUCAGACCUGAAAUUGAUGAGCAGUGUCGUCUCCUUCCUGACCAUGCUAGAGCGCGACAUGACAGAAGCCAGUGGAAAUGUCACCCGUAUGCUUUUCGUCUGUGCAGAGUUCGAACGUAUCGCCCGGGUGGCUCUUGACAAGGCUGAAAAGGAAAUCCGCGGACGUGGUAAGAGAAAGCAAGCUGAGCGCGAGCGGGAAAAGGCCUUUAAGCAAAGGGUCAGUGGAGACAUCGCGAUGGGCUUGGAAGAGGGCAAGACGUUGGAGCAAAUGCAGGUUGAGACUCAGGCAGCUUAUCGUCGACCCGUGCAGACCCCUAGCCUAAGGGCGAGUAUCGCGGGAAGUCAAACGGGAAGCAGCCCGAAGAGCUGGCCAGGAAGUCCUCCAGCAAAUAACCAGGAGUACCGCAAUGGCAUGCAUCAGCAAAAUGGUCACAACCAGCAAUCGCCGCCAUACAUGCCAUCUCAGGCGCCCGACAAUUCCACGGGUUUCUUCAACCCUGUGCCAUACCCCAUGGGAGGCAACGGAAUGGAUUUCAAUACCAAUACGGGAGACGCGAGAUUUGCAGGGAUGCCCGACGGCUUUUCGCCCACAGCUGCAGGUGGCUUUGCACAAAGCCCGAACGGUUUCAACAUGCAGUUCCAAGCGGGCCCGGGCGGUCUAGUGCCGGAUCCCACAGGUCAAUUUCAACAGCCAUUCGUUCCGCAAGAUCUUUGGCAGAUGCCUAUGACACUUGAGUGGGAUUGGGCAGAGGGAUUGGGGUUGGGGAGCUUCGCGAAUGGGCCGGGUCAAAGUUUUGAAGGAGCAUUUGGAGGAGGUAUGUCGGGAAAUAUGCCUCCUAAUAUGGGUCCGCCGCCGCCGCCACGGGGUCAAUAG